CAACUCUGAAUAAAAACAAAACCACUCUGUCAGAUUACAUUUCAGAUCCAUUUUUAUCUACCUUGCUUUGCUUCUCUCUUUCUUUUCUUCUUCUCUCUUUUCUUUUCUUUUCUUUUCUUUUCCUCUCAAAAUUCAAUCCCCGCGAAACGCGUCAUUACCGUCAAUCUCAAUUCCUCCAUCUCACGGCGUCCAUAGAUUCAGACCUCCCUCCGAUCUCAUCUCAACCCGAUCUUAUUUUCUCGAGAAUCUAGCACCUAGAAAAUUUAGUCCUACGCACACAUAUACAACACAUACAUAUAUAUAUAUAUAUACAUAUACAUAAGAAUAGAUAUAGAUAUAGAUAUAGAGAAGAGUAUAUAUGGAUCGAAGGAGGACAGAGAGUCCGGUGUACACAAGGCAGUGGAGUGGGGGAUCGAGCAGCACGGGGUCGUCUUCUCCGGCGAUGUCGCCGGCUCACCCCCACUCUCGGCUCCCGCCGGCGACCGGGCUCUCCACUAUCAAGAGGACUCAGAACGUCGCCGCCAAAGCCGCCGCGCAGCGUCUGGCUCGGGUUAUGGCUUCUCAGGCGCCGGACGACGAGGACGAGGAAGACGAUCUAGGGUUCCGAUUCGCUCCUCCUCCACCUACCGCCUUUUCGAGCAAUGUUAAUAGUAAUAGCAAUGCUGUUCCUGUUAAUUCGUUUGCCAAGCCUAAUAGAUCUCCUUCACCUGCGUUAGGUCGGAACUUUAUGGAGCAUACUCCUUCAGUUCGUUCCACUUCAGCUGGAAGACCGUCAAUGUCAGUUCGUUCAACGACAGUAGUGCCGCCUAAACGAGGAUCACUGAGAACACCAGUCUCUAUUCCACCGAUGGAACCUCCGAGUAGCAGACUAAGAGAAAAGAGGUUUACAGCAGAUGUAGGACGAAAUGACGUGAAAGAUACAGGGAAUCAGCGGGAGGCUUCUGCACUUAGAGAUGAACUUGAUAUGCUACAGGAGGAGAAUGAGAUUAUCCUUGAUAAGCUUCGGCGUGCUGAAGAAAAGCAUGAAGAAGCAGAGGCCAGAGCUAGGGAGCUAGAGAAACAAGUUGCUGCUCUUGGAGAAGGCGUAUCACUGGAAGCUAAAUUGUUGAGCAGGAAGGAAGCAUCAUUGCGGCAAAGAGAGGCUGCCCUCAAAGCUGCGAAACAGACAAAGGAUGGGAGAGAGGAGGAAAUUGCUACGCUUCGUGUAGAAAUUGAGAAUUUAAAAGAUGACACUGCAAGUGCUGUAGAACAGCUCCGAGAGGCAGAAUCUGAAGCAAAAGCUCUUCGCACAAUGACACAAAGAAUGAUUUUGACUCAUGAGGAGAUGGAGGAGGUUGUUUUAAAGAGAUGUUGGCUUGCUCGCUACUGGGGCUUGGCUGUGCAGCAUGGCAUAUGUGCAGAUAUAGCAGUUUCAAAGCAUGAGCACUGGUCAUCUUUAGCACCUCUUCCAUUUGAAAUUGUCAUUUCUGCUGGACAAAAAGCCAAGGAGGAGCCUUUAAACAAUGGACCGAGUAACGAUGAUUCAGAUAGGAGGAGCAAACUUGUUCGUGAUCUGAAUGACCUAAGUGGAGAGGGAAAUAUUGAAAGUAUGCUUUCAGUUGAAAUGGGCUUAAGGGAACUAGCUUCCUUGAAGGUCGAGGAUGCUGUUGUGCUUGCAUUUGCUCAACGCCGACGUCCAAAUUUGGUUCGACAAUUCUUCUCAGAUCCAAAAUCAUCUGGUGAUCCCAAGUUUAUGGAGGCAUAUGAACUAAGUUCAGAGGAAUCGGAAGAUGUUCUUUUCAAGCAGGCUUGGCUUAUGUACUUUUGGAGAAGAGCCCAGGUUCAUGGUGUAGAAGAAGAUAUUGCAGAAGAACGACUUCAAUUUUGGAUCAGCCGUAGUGGGCAGUCCCCAACAUCACAUGAUUCUGUUGAUGUUGAGCGAGGUUUGACAGAGCUGAGGAAACUGGGAAUAGAACAGCAACUGUGGGAAGCAUCCCGCAAGGAAAUUGACCAAACAUCAGUUGCUAACACCAAAGUUGCUGCAGAUUCAGAUACAUCUUCGUGAUUGCUGCUGUCGCCCUGAUUUGUUGUAUCUUCUGUGCCUUUAUUAAAUUUCUUUUUUUUUCCCCCCAUUUUUUUUUGUUUUACUAUUUUCAUCAAGGUUGCUAAAAUAGCCUUCUUUUUUCUAUUUUGUUUUCUUUGAGCCCUGUGGGGACACAUUAUAUCUGUUAUGGUUGCAAUUUGCAUACAGUAGAACUAUAGAAUAAUUGUGUUGUGUGUAAGUUUGAGAGGGAAGUGUAGUUAAAAGGCUGUUUGUAUUGUAAAAUAGAUUGGAUGCUAUAAAACAAAAUUAAAAGCCACAUAUGUUUGAAAACUAAA